UUUUAAAAUUUACUUUGUUAGAAAGGCUCUUGUGUCUUUAAGAAACGGCGGUGCGUGCAAAGGACUAUGGGUGCACGCAGGACUAGAGCGCGGGAGAGCCGGAGAGAUAGGUAGCAAGUCAGCGAGCGGUAACUUAUAAUUAGUUAACUUAGUUGUUCCUGAAAGUAAUAAACUCCGUGGGUUAUGUAUGCGUCACUGAUGAACGUAAGUAUUGAGUUUAUUGAAUAAGUUGUAAUUAUCGCUGACGAGUGUUUUGUUAUACCUUAGGAAGGUAUUUACGUUGAUUUCCUAUCCAAUCAUUCCCUUUACUUCGAUUAUGUAUUGUGUUGGUGUGUUAUGGUAAUGGCUUUUGUAAGCAUUGUAGUAAUUGGUUUUCCGUUUAUCUGUUAUAGAACCAUACAUACAUCCAUUCAUACGUACAGGAAAUAAAACUCAUAACAACCUCCGUCCAUCUUGUCUACCCUGCAUCGUAAUUGAUAUCCCGCAGCGAGUACUACCCUCCUGCAGCAACUCGUACAGUUUUCCCAGGGGAGUGUGGCCCCCCUUUUCCACAUACUUUGAAAACGGACUCAAAUUAAGCCUAUACGAAAAAUUCAGAAGCCUAUACAGUCUCAAAUGAAGCCUGUUGCGUUUUUAUACAAUCGGCCUGGGAUUCCGCUUAACGUCACGCCCGAAGCUCACACUUUGAUUGCAAACGGGAAGAAACAUAACUAUUGUCACGUACAUCGGCGGAUGUCAUCAAUUAAGCCUGCAUACUGGAGACUACAAAGGGACAGCACACGCAACGGGGGUUGCGAACCGUAGCGGUCUGCAGGGGGAAUCGCAGAAGCUGGAGUUUCUUAGAGCACUGCAUGGGUUUGGACAAACAUUAGGUAUUGGUAAUAUUACUGGACAAAAAUAUAUCGUUAUUGGUGUCCACCAAAGUUUCCAGCACUAGCUACAAGAAAUGAGAUUGAAUGCAUUUGCUCGUUUUUAUUUGUAUUUAUUUUUUUAAAAGUUUCUUACAUUAUAUCCGUGCUUUUUAAAGGUUAUAUCUCAAUUUUUCAAAAGUAAACACAAAAAGGAUGACACUUAAUGCCCCCUCCCUGCCCCCACCCUAUUUAGAACGUUAGGCGUUCCAUUACGUAAAAAUGUAGUACUACGUCAUGAUGCACCGCUUAUAAAUGAUCUGUUUGAUAAGGGAGAAUCAAACACAAACGAUUCGUGAGUGCAUCGUACGUGUUGUAAGAGCAAGUGAAGCUGAAAGACAUUGACAGUUAAGGUAAGGCCUCCCCUUCAAAAUGUAUACUUCACUUAGAUCAAAGGUAUUAAACUAAAAAAAACGCUGUGAGAUGCUAAACUACCGACCGCAAAACGUGCAGACUGGUGGGUGUCAAUUGCGCUGGAAUGACAUUACAUGGUUUUAAUUUUUCUCUGAUAUCGGCCGGCCAGAUACAGUAAUUUGUUUGAGACCCCUGAAUUUAAAUAAUAAUUAAUUUUUAUAACGAUGGUGGCCUAUAUAAUGUGCCGAUUUACUUGUGAAGUUGUUCAGCUGGUUGACAUGGCAUUGAUUACUGCUUUUUAAGAAAGUGCAUGUAGUCUCACACUGCAGAAGUCCAUUGCUCAGUUGUCAGCAUGCUCAGCGUGUCGCCUGUGAUGUGUCCUGCACAGCAGCAGGCUACAUUGCGUUUAAUGGACUAAUACUUCUUCAACCCAUUAAAUGAUUCCUUUCUCUCUCCCUGCCAGUGAUGGCACCCUCUAUCAAUCUCUUCACCUUCCUCGUCCUGUCCCUGGUGGGGGGCAGCUCUUCAUGGGACGAAGCUUCUCCUUGCGGAUCCGGCUCCAUCCUGACAAGGCCCUACACGGCCUUGUGUGAGCUGGAUGCGGUGUGGGGCUUGGUGGUGGUGGUGGCGGCAGCGGCGGCGGCCCUCGCCUCGCUGAUCCUGCUCCUGGUGGUACUGUGUCGCCUGCGGAAGAUCACAGAGGCUGAGGAGCGCAGCGGGGUGGCGCCGCUACUCCUGCUGCUCGCAGCCAUAUUUGGGCUUUGUGGCCUCAGCCUGGGAUACAUCGCUGAGCAGCAAGAGAGCCUCUGCUUCGCCCGGCGUGUCCUGAGGGGGGUGUUGCUUGCUAUCUGCAACACAUGCCUCGUGUUUCAUGGUCUGCGACUGCGCCGGUUGGGACAAGGUGCUCAUAGCCCCAGCACAGGUCAACUGAUGGGGCUGGCGGUGGCCUUGGCCGUGUUGGAUCCGGAGUGGAUCCUUCUAGCCACGAUGUCCACGUGCCAGCCAGCCUGUGAAUACCAGCCGCUGGACUUUGCGCUGGCCACCACUUAUGUGCUGGUCCUGCUCCUGGCAGCACUGGUGGGGGCGGCCUGCAGUCUGUGGAGGCAGCAGCCACGGUGGAGGUGCAGGACCAUGUGGCUGCUCAUCACCUGCCUGGCCUCAGUCCUGCUGUGGGUGGCCUGGAUCACCUUCUGCCUGUAUGGCAACGCGGCGCUUGGCCUGCCCCCAACAUGGGACAACCGGGUACAGGCAGUGGUGCUGCUGGCACAAGCAUGGCUGCUCAUACUGCUGCACGCUGCUCCUGAGGUCCACGCCACCUUACGGCCCCCAUCCCGCAUGAGAGAGGCCAAUUUAGAGGAGGGCCUUUCUCACCUGUAGUUUGGAGCAAACCGGGACUUCGUGUUCAGUGACAACAACUCAGGUGCCCUCCCCAGCCCCCAGGAAACAUUACAU